AUAUGAAGCUGAUAUAACGACUUCCUGACUGUAAAUGAAAGUGAAAGCGAUUUAAACCUGGAGUUGCCAUUUUGUCAGAAAACAAGAAUAUGAUUCGGGAAAAAUAAAAAGAUAUUUUUAUUGCCAGAGGCCCCAGCAGAAAUCAACUGGUCUGGAUCAGCACAAAAAUGGGAAAGAAGAGAGGAAAAAGAAGAGCUGCUUCUGAAAUGCGCCCCCCUGUGGGGUGUAACAGAAAGAGCCCUGAGAGUGUCCUGAUGGAGAGAGCAGACUCCCCUGUACCCAGCUGUGUUUCCCUGAAGAGUGACAGGUCAAUGCAGCAACCACUCGCCUUCAGAGAGGGACCUUUUCCUACAGAUCAAAGAGACCAAAUGGAAGAAUGCAGUUCAGAUCUACAUGAUAAAUCGGGUUUAUCAUCCAUAUUGAAGUCACUAGAGGAAAAAGCCAUGAAGUUCCUAAACAUCGACGAGCUGAAGACGUUUGUGAGGUACCUAUAUCAGAAUUACCCGGAAUGCUCUGAGCCUCAGCUGGAGGAGGAUAAUGACCUGGACCGUGAUGGUCAGAUGCAGAAGACCAGUGUUAGAGAGGUAGCUCUGAAGAUCACACUGUACAUCCUGAGGACCAUGAAGCAAAAUGAUCUUGCUGACAUGCUGGACAAGAGACAGCUCAUGCUGCAAUAUCAGCAGAAAAUCAAAUGUAAACUUAAGAAGCAAUUUGAGUGUGUAUUUGAAGGGAAAGCUAAGGAAGGACAGCCAACACUUCUCAGUGAGAUUUACACAGAACUCUACAUAACUGAAGGUGGGACUGGAGCAGUAAAUGAGGAACACGAAGUAAGACAGAUUGAAAUAGCAUCCAAGAAAAGGCGAACAGAAGAUACUACAGUCAAGUGCAAUGAUAUAUUUAAACCCUUAUAUGGGCGUGUGACACCUAUCAGAACUGUACUCACUAAAGGGGUGGCAGGUAUCGGGAAAACAGUCUCUGUGCAGAAAUUUAUUCUCGACUGGGCAGAAGGAAAAGCAAACCAGGAUGUUCACUUCAUAUUUGCUCUUCCUUUCCGGGACCUGAAUUUGAUUAAGGGUGAAUACAGUCUGAUUGAACUGCUUCACCACUUUGUCCCAGAUCUGAAAUCACUUCAGUCCACUGAACCGUUUAGGAACAAAGUCUUGUUCAUCUUUGAUGGCCUGGAUGAGUGUCGCCUUCCUCUGGAUUUUCAGAACAAUGAGAGCUGGUUUGAUGUAACAAAGAAAACGUCACUGGAUGUGCUGUUGACUAACCUCAUUAAGGGGAAUCUGCUCCCAUCCGCUCUCCUCUGGAUAACCUCCCGGCCAGCAGCAGCCAAUCAGAUACCUGCUAAGUGUGUCCACCAGGUGACAGAGAUACGAGGGUUUAGUGAUACCCAGAAGGAGGAGUAUUUCAAGAAGAGAUUUAAUGAUCAGAGCCUGGCCAGCAGGAUUAUCACACAUGUGAAAUCAUCAAGAAGCCUCUUCAUCAUGUGCCACAUACCUGUGUUCUGCUGGAUUUCAGCCACUGUGCUUAAGACGUUUUUUAGUGAGACUGACAAGAGAGAAAUUCCAAGGACUCUGACUGAAAUGUACACACACUUCCUGAUCUUUCAGACAAGUUUAAAAAAUGACAAGUAUAUGAAAAACCAUGAAACUAACCUUAAGGAAUACAGCAAGGAAUUCCUUUUAAAACUUGGUAAACUUGCUUUUGACAACCUUGAGAAAGGCAAUCUCAUAUUUUAUGAACAAGAUCUGUCAGAGAAUGGCAUUGAUGUCACUGAAACUUCAGUUUACUCUGGAGUCUGCACAGAAGUCUUUAAAGAGGAGUAUGGGUUGUACCAGGAGAAGGUGUACUGCUUUGUGCAUCUGAGCAUCCAGGAGUAUCUUGCUGCUUUAUAUGAGUUUCUGUCAAACUCAUCAGCUGACCUGCUGAAGACUGCAGUGGAUCAGGCAUUAGAGAGCAAGAAUGGACACUUGGACCUCUACCUCCGCUUCCUCCUGGGCCUCUCAACAGACUCCAGUAAGACUCUGUUACAAAAGCUACUGGGGCCAACAGGAAUCAGCUCACAUACCAUUAUGGAAACAGCCCAAUACAUCCAUCCAUCCAUUUUCCAAACUCUUCAUCCGUUAGGGUCACGGGGAGUCCAGAGCCUAUCCCAGAAGCAAUGGGCACGAGGCAGGGAACAACCCAGGACGGGGGGCCAGCCCAUCACAGCUGCCCAAUACAUCCAUCCAUCCAUUUUCCAAACUCUUCAUCCGUUAGGGUCACGGGGAGUCCAGAGUCUAUCCCAGAAGCAAUGGGCACGAGGCAGGGAACAACCCAGGACGGGGGGCCAGCCCAUCACAGCUGCCCAAUACAUCCAUCCAUCCAUUUUCCAAACUCUUCAUCCGUUAGGGUCACGGGGCGUUCAGAGCCUAUCCCAGAAGCAAUGGACACGAGGCAGGGAACAACCCAGGACGGGGGGCCAGCCCAUCACAGCUGCCCAAUACAUCAAGGAGAAAAUAAAGAAGAAUUUAUCUCCAGAAAGGACCAUCAACCUGUUCCAUUGUCUGAAUGAACUUGGUGACAAUUCUCUAGUAGAGGAAGUACAAAGACACCUGAAUUCAGGAAACAUUUCAGCAGAUGACCUCUCACCUGCACAGUACUCAGCUCUGGCCUUUGUGAUGCUGAUGUCAGAUGAGGAUCUGCAUGUGUUUGAUCUGAAGAAAUACAUCAGAUCGGAUAAACAGCACUGCAGGCUGCUGCCUGUGGUCAAGAACUCCAGGACGGCUCUGCUGAAGAGCUGUGAUCUCAUAGAUAAACACUGUGAAGUGCUGUCUUCAGCUCUCAGAUCAAACUCUUCCCCCCUGAGAGAGCUGAACCUGAGUGACAAUAACCUGAAGGAUUCAGGAGUGAAGCUGCUCUCUGUUGCACUGGGGAAUUUACACUGUAAACUGGAGAUAUUGAGGCUGUCAGACUGUAGAGUCACAGAAGAAGGCUGUUCUUCCCUGGCUUCAGCUCUGAGGUCAAACCCCUCACACCUGAGAGAGCUGGACCUGAGCUACAAUCACCCAGGAGAUUCAGAAGUGAAGCUGCUCUCUGCUGUACUGGAGGAUCCCAGCUGUAAACUGGAGAAGCUGCAGGUGGGCCAGUGCAAACUCACAGAGAAAUGCUGUGAGGCAUUGGCUUCAGCUCUCAGAUCAAACUCCUCAUCCCUGAGAGAGCUGGACCUGAGUGACAAUGACCUGCAGGACUCGGGAAUGAAGCUGCUCUCUGCUGGACUGGGGGACUUACACUGUAAACUGGAGAUACUGAGGUUGUCAGGCUGUAGAGUCACAAAAGAAGGCUGUUCUUCCCUGGCUUCAGCUCUGAGGUCAAACCCCUCACACCUGAGAGAACUGGAUCUGAGCUACAAUCACCCAGGAGACUCAGGAGUGAAGCUGCUCUCUGCUGUACUGGAGGAUCCCAGCUGUAAACUGGAGAAGCUGAAUGUGGAUCACGGUGGAGAGUGCAGGACCAGACCAGGCUUACAGAAAUACUCCUGCCAAUUGAUGCUGGACCCCAACACAGCAAACAGACUCCUGACUCUGUCAGGGGGGAACAGGAAGGUGACAGGGGGGGCAGAGCAGCCAUAUCCUGAUCAUCCAGAGAGAUUUGACAGCUGGAACCAAGUUCUGUGCAGAGAGAGUCUGACUGGCCGCUGUUACUGGGAGGCUGAGUGGGAUGGAGUUGCAGUCCUGAUAGGAGUGACUUAUAAAGGGAUCGGGAGGAAAGGAUGGAGUGACUGUUGGCUUGGAUACAAUGACAAGUCAUGGAGUCUGUACUGUGAUACUGACAGUUACUCUGUCUGGCACAAUAAUAAAGAGACUCUCAUACCCAUAGAGCCCUCAGGCUCCUGCAGAGUAGGAGUGUAUCUGGACUGGGGGGCUGGUGCUCUGUCCUUCUACAGAGUCUCCUCUGAUGGACUGACCCCCCUGCACAGAUUCACCUCCUCAUUCACUGAGUCCCUCUGUCCAGGGUUUGGGGUUUUUAACUCCUCAGUGUCUGUGAUGGCUCCAGCCACACAGUAAGACCUGGGGUUAGUAUUUGUGUAUGGUUUCUGCAUUAUAGCUAAGACCUAUGAAUUAUUGUAUUGUCUUUGGGAUUAGGUGUAGUGUAUGUGGGUAUAUAUUAUUGUAGGGUUGUGUGUGUGUGUGUGUGUGUGUGUGUGUGUAGUGAUUGUUUAAUCUUUUGGGUUGUAAUUACUUUGCUUGUGGGGGAUGGUCUUAUUCAGUAUAAAGGUGUGGCUUAAAGGACAACCCCUGGAAUUGGCACGAACCAUGUGCUGCCAUGGCAAGAGGGGGAAUUGGGGGUUUAGUUCUAUUUUGCAUUGGUUAGUUAUAUGUAGUGCUCAUUUGGUUUAUCCCUUUUGUGUGUGAAUUGGUUUGGCCAAACCGGUAUAUAUGUUCCCUCAUGUUUCCUUAUAGAGAAGGUCAGUUUUGCUUCAAUUACUGUUUUGCUUUGUAAGGUUAUGUUUCGUUGACCUCUUUUAUGGGCCCAAUAAUUAAGGUUUUGAGUUUGUUAUUGUUUGUAUUUUGGGGGUCAAUAAAGCCCUAUUUCUGUGUUUUGUCGCCUUACUGCUUGGUCCCUCACAGUGUCACUGUGACGUGUUGCUGGUUCUCCUGGCAAAAAGGUAAAAUCUCUGCUUUUUAACCUUUUUAUAAUCCUUUUUACUUUUGAAAUGUACAAUACUGUGCAAAAGUCUUAGGCAGGCAAAGAAAAUGAUGUUUAGAUUAUCCUCCUGUUGGUGUAAAACUAUGAUAUGAUGCCUGUCAAAGUGUGUCAGCUUCGCCAUUUCAGAACCUCUGCUAAAAUCAUCCUAGUAUUUGCAGCGACCGUCCAGUGCAGCCAUGUAUUUUUUGACUUGGCCACUAGCAGACCUCAUACAGCUAGUCAAUCUCUCACUGACUUUUUAAACUUAUAUAUUUAAUUAUUUAAUUGAUUGGGGGGGGGCUUUCCCUCUCCCCUGUAUAUGUACAGUUUAUAUAUUUAUGUCUAUUUACUGUACUUCCUCCCUGUACAGUGACAAUAAAGGCUUUCUGUUCUGUCCUAUUAAU